AUGGAAAAUUCAGAACGAUGCUUUCUUGAUUGGAUGACACUUCAACAAGAAGACUCAGAAGAGCUUCUCGAAGCCUUGAACAUAACUGAAGAUGGAGAUCAACACACUUUAUUCUCGGAGUUGGUCGAGAAAAUGAUGACGCAUUUUCAGGAUUACACUGACAAAAGAACCCAACUUGCCGGAGUCGGUCCCUGCGCUUAUUUCGCACCCCCCUGGAAUUCUUCCCUGGAAAAUUCCUUGCUAUGGUUGGCUGGCUACAGACCCUCAAUUUACAUCAGACUCUUAUACUCACUCUACGGUUCACGCCUCGAAACCCUAAUUUCAGAAUAUCUUCAGGGCGCAAGAACAGGAAAUCUCGGCGAGCUAUCGUGGCAACAGAUGAAAAAUAUUAAUGAUUUGCAUUUCAGAAUCAUCCGACAGGAAGAACAGUUGACCAACAAGCUAGCGAGUUUGCAAGAAGACAUGGCUGACGAUCCUAUUUCUGUGAUCGCCACGGAACAGAGAGAACCUGUUGAAUCUUAUGGGCAAGUGGAUAGAAAUAUUCAGAAUUAUGAAGAGGCCAUGUUUAGUAUCUUACAGGAAGCUGAUAAUUUAAGGUUAGCCACUCUUAAGGAGUUGGUUAGUAUUUUAAGUCCUCUUCAGGCUGUGGAUUAUCUGGCUGCUCACAAGAAAUUUCAUCUCUGCUUGCAUGAAUGGGGUCAAAGAAGGGAUGAAAAUGGAUGUUUAGAUAUAUAA